CCCUCAGCACUCUGCAGCACACUCAGGUGUUCAUCACAGAGCUGUGUGCCCUGUCUCUGGAGAUCCCCGAGGGAGUUCCCCUACAAAGCAUCUCCAAUCAGGUGCAGUCCCUGGUGGACUCCAUCAGCCAAUCAGCACGCAAUGCUUUUGAGAGUCUCCUGCUGACUCAAGCCCUGUACCUGAACCUGAUGCACUUUUUCACUGACUAUAGCAGCUCUGAUACUGACGCAGUCCUCAUAGCCAAACAGUGGGCUGGAGAUAAGCUUUCCACUGAGAACCUCUGUCUUAUAGAAUUCCUGAGCACCCUCGCAUCAUCACUGCAGAAUGUAGUGGGAAGAGCCUCUGUGUUCAUUUUAAAGAUGGAAAUCCAGUGCUUGAAGCUUCUCUUAUCCACACUCACACAUCUAACCGGCAAAGAAACCCACUCAGAAUCCACUGAGAUGCUCCUCAGACUUGUGCAAAGAAACCAAUGGACCCCAACGGAGACAGUGACUCUGCUCAAAGCACUGUCACAGAAAUAUGCAGAGGAUGUUUCAAUAACUGAAGUCCUUAAGCUGGUGCAAGCUUAUGACAUAUCACCAGAGUGGACGGAUGAGUCCGGACACACUCUCGUCCAGGCUCUGGACUUUGCUGGCCCUGAGAGAUUCCAUCAGGAUUUCCUAAAUACUCUCAGAAGGAACAAUGAGAGCAGUCUACCUGCAGCUCUAGCAGAAGUGAAGAUGUUAUGGAAUUUGGAUGAUUCUGUGGUUGAUAUGAUAAAAAACAUUACCACUGGCGUCCUGCAGUACGCAGAAAAUGCACCUAAAGAUGCACCAUUUGUUAAAGAUUCCUUCACACGUGAUCCCUUGAAUGCAGACGACCUCCAGAAGUCUCUGUCUCAGCUCUGCAAAGCAGUUUUUGACACCAAAGGCUGGUGGCCCACAGUGAGGCAGAUGCUGCGGUGGUGUGCGUUGGUGCUGACUCAGAAGAGUGGAGAGCUACAACUGGUUGGUGUGGAAGAAGACCCAUGUGUCACAGCCAUGUUUGCAGCCACACAAGUCUGCAUGGGAAACAAACUGGACAUUGUGCUGAGCGCUGAUGUUCCCUCAGAGGAGCAAACUAAGGAGUGGUCUGACUUCUACAAGCACCUUGGAAUCUCUCUCAACACAAACAUGAAGAAAACAAAUGCAUCUUACAGGGAGGUCUAUGAAGCAGACAUUGUGUACGGUACCAUCAGUGACUUCAUCUCUGAUUACUUUCAGUACGGCAUCGAGGGGAUGGGAACAGGGAACCCUCAGCUUAGACGUGGAUUUAUCAUUGAACAACAAAGUCUCAGUUCUUCUCAUAAUCUGGAACUUUCUAGGCUCAAGGACAAUGAUUCCCUGGUGUUUGCUGCAGAGGUCCUGCAAAGCAUCAUGGGUAAAUUUCAGAGUGAGGAUAUGGAACUGAGACACAAGUUUCUUAAGGCUCUUUUUCAGGUGCUCCACACCAACCUAAACAACGACACAAACACUGGCAAUAAAAUCAUCACCAUCUCAAAGAAAGUUAGUGGAAAGGAACUUCCUUCUAAUGAGGUCUUUGUUCUGACCUUUCUUGAGAAUCUCCUGAGAGUGGUUACUAGAGAAACAGAAGCUGAGAAAAACAGGACAUCUCCUGCAGGCAAAUGGUGUUUGGAGAUUUUAUUUGACUGUGCAGAGCAGUUCCAAGACUCAACAGCACAAAUCAAGGAACUCUUCCAGAUGGUUUCAAAUCUUAGACUUUGGUCCCCCAUGGAGGCCUUAAACCUCAUUGGAGCAUUAACUGACCACCAUCAUGAUGAAGACUGUAUUUCCAUCAUGAAGAUUUUACACUUGAUGGCAACGUAUCAGGUGUCUUCCACGUGGACAGACAAGGACAACCAAUCUCUCCUUAAACUCUUGAGUCAACUAGAACUGAGAAUCUGA